AUCGGUUUUUUUGAAUCAUUUCUCGCGUUUCCCGCGAUUCUCGCCGUCAAAACAACAUUUUUAUCACAUUGUGCAAAAAAAAUUUGAUUGAUCAUUUUUGAACUUGUUUCAUCAGAAUAUUCCCAGCCUUUCUAAUAGUUUGAAUAGUUAUAAAUAUGAAUUAUUCGUGAUCACUACUCGCUGUUUGAUCCACGAAACAGGAGAAAUGUACAGACAAUGUAUAACUCGAAUUGUGUUUCCUCAAAAAAAGUUACGAAAGUGCAAAUUUCAGGUAGAUUUCUUCAGAAAAUAUGCGCUGAUUUCCGGUUCGUCUGCGCCGAGUAAUCUUGAAAUAACUAAUUUAUCUCCCGACGUAUCGGUACCAUUGAUCAAACGAACUCUCGAAAAAAAUGGAUGUAGUUACGAAGAUGGAUAUGCCUGUAUCACAACGAAAUGUGUUAAUUGUCGUAAAGAUAAAAGUGGCACUUUGUACAUUAAUAAAGUUACCGGAUUCUUCAUGUGCUUGGACUGUCAAGAUCGUGGAAAUUGGGAAUUCUUUGCAGGAAAAAUAACAACCCCUUCAGAUAAAGACAAGACUACAGCUUCGGAUACAAAAGGACCUAAGAAGAAGGCUAAAAAGUCAGCAGAACCUCCAAGCGAGGGUACAACGAAAUGGAAUGAACUUCUACUAAAUUGCAAAAGUAUCGUUGCUCUGAACGAGGAACAACUUCAAGAUAUUUUUUCCUCUUUUAAAUUAGGAAAUUUCAACCCCGAUAUCCUCCGGGAGCUCAAUGCUCUUAUAGACGAAACCAGUAAAAAUCUAUACUUUCCUUUAACCUGUGGUAACAAAAAUAUCGUCGGAGUGAAGCAGUUGACGCUAAAAAAUGAUGAACAUUGUUUCCCUGCUAAAGGCUGCAUGGGUAUAAUAAAGUAUAUUCCAUCGAAAGUGCGAAAAAAAUGUGAUUCUGCUGUUGUAGUGCUGGGUCUCAAAGAUAUCAUAGCUUUAUCUGCCUUGAGACCCAACAUGCAUAUAAUUUAUCUACCUCAUGGAACUGUGAUGUUACCUCAAGAAAUCCUCCCUUUAUUAGAACAGUACAAAAAAUUAAUCUUAUGGUUUGGAAAUGAUGCUGUGAAUUUGGACGCUGCGCGUAUGUUUUCUAAAAAACUCGGAGAACAGAGAUGUUUUUUAAUUCGAAAAGCAGACCUACGACCUCAUAAAUACAUCAAAUCGAGGCGAAGUGAAAUAGACAUUGGUGAAAUCUUAAGCUCAGCUCAACCGAUGGCUCAUCAAAGUAUUACAACCUUUUCAAAUUUACGAGAAGAUAUUUGGUCGGAAUUGACGAACGUUGAUAAAGCUCAAGGUAUUAAAUGGCAACGUUUCCCAUUACUGAAUGAAUAUGUGAGAGGUCACCGGAGAGGCGAACUUACCAUCUUGACUGGUCCAACUGGUUGCGGAAAAACAACAUUUCUCAGUGAAUAUUCUCUCGACUUGGCUCUUCAAGGAGUGUCAACAUUAUGGGGCAGUUUUGAAAUCCGUAAUCAAAGAUUAGCCUUGACAAUGCUACAACAAAUGGUUUUCUCACCUUUAACCGAGAACUUGGAACAUUUCAACACUUGGGCUAACGAAUUCGAAAAGUUACCUAUUUAUUUUCUCAAGUUCCACGGACCUCAGCCGGUGAAAAAAGUCAUGGAUGUAGUCGAACACGCAACCUACGUCCACGAUAUUCAGCAUCUAGUCAUAGAUAAUUUACAAUUCAUGAUGGGCUUGUCACCUGGAAGUGAAAGAUUCAUGGACCGAUUUUAUAAACAAGAUUUAGUCAUAGGUGCAUUUCGAACUUUCGCUACGCAGUUCAAUUGCCACGUUACUUUAAUUAUUCAUCCGAGAAAAGAAAAAGAAACCGAUGAAUUAAGCAUUAGUUCGAUUUUUGGCGGUGCCAAAGCUUCCCAAGAGGCUGAUAAUAUUUUCAUCAUUCAAAAAAAGAUGCUGCAAUCGUUGCAAGUUAAAAAAUACUUACAAAUUGUUAAAAAUCGAUAUUCCGGUGAGUUGGGAUUAAUGCCUUUGAAUUUCCAUAAGGCCAGUUUGAGUUUUGCGGCGAAAAAUGUCAAAGAAAAAGAAAAAUCGGAGUGAUUUAUGUACGUAGAUGAUUAAUAUAUUGUAUUGUGAUUUUUUUUCAGUGUAUCAAAAUGUGAUAAUUUAUAGUUUCUAUUGAGAUAUUCACGGAUAUAUCGUGAAAAUUGUAAUUUAUAUCGAUCGUGUUCUAUUUAUAUUUAAUUUUUUGUAUUUAUUGUAGGUCUAAUUAAAUUUUGUUGAAGCA